CGCGGCUAGGUCAUGGCGGCGGCCGUGGAGCGGCGCCUCGCCCAGUUCCGCGCCGCCCGCGGCAGCGCUGCCGCCUCUCCCUGCCCCGCCGAGCCGCCGGGAAAGGCCGCGACUCCGGAAGCCGCUGAGGGACCGCGGGCAGCCGCGGUGGGCCCGGGCGGCGGCGCUCAGGUCCGUGCCGGCGCGGCGGCGGCUCCGGUGUGGGCGCGCCCGCUGCUGCUGAAGGUGCUGCUGUGGGCCGUGCUGCUGGCGCUGUUCGCGGAGCUGGAGCUCGGCCUGCCCUUCUUCAUCCUCUCCCUUCUCUACUGGAUGUACGCCGGCACCCGCGGCCCCGGCGAGAGGCGGCCCGGCGAGCUCAGCGCCUACUCCGUGUUCAACCCCGGCUGCGCCGCCAUCGCCGGGACGCUGACGGCCGAGCAGCUGGAGCGGGAGCUGCACUGCCGGCCCGCGGCGGGCAGGUAG